AUGUUAGUCGUUUCGAAUGCAUAUCAAGAAUUAAAAACAAUAAUUUUGACUAGUGCUUUAUAUACUAAGGUAUUCCAAAAAUUAUCUAUUUAUGAAAGUUAUGUAAAAGAUUUAUCGAUUCAAACACGUUUACUUUUACAAAGUCUUGAAGACCUCGAAAAAGAAGCUAAUCAACGUGUAACAUUACUUGAAAAUAAACUGAAAAAAGCCAAUGCAUCAUUACAACAUUAUCAUUCAUUAUCCGAUUUAAAUAACACAACUGGGAAUAUUGAUACAGAAAAAUGGAAAUUAGUUCAUGAGACUCUUGAUCUUAAACAAGAUCUUGAUUGUUUAACAUCAUUUAUAAAUAUAGCUAAACGUACAGGGAAAUGGGAUACAAAACGACUUCAAUUAAAAACUCUUCCACUUGAUCGUAUUAUUGGUAUAACAAACGAUAAUAUUCAAAUAUCAAAUCCAUUACAUAAAGAAAUUCAAUAUCGUGAUGAACGUAUACAAGUUUUACAAGCUGAAAUUGAACAGCUUAGAAAAAUGCAAAAUGAUUUAUUGAAACAAACAUUAAAUCUCAAUUCAUUGACAAGUGAAAAUGAAUUAAAAGGACAGAAUAUUAUUCUUACAAAAAAAGUUGAUGAUUUUCGAUCAAAAUUUGCGGAAGAAUGUCAAAAAAAUGAAUCAUUUAAAAUGGAUAUACGUGUCAAAACAAAUCAAUUAAAAGAUCUUCAACAAGAAUUAAAUUUUAAAAAACAACAUUAUGAAGGACAUAUAAAUGAUUUAUCAACAAAAUUAAAAACUAUAUCUGAUCGUCAUCGAGAAUCAACAACUAUUUUGAAUAAUGAACUUAAAGUAAAAAAAGAACAAGUUGAACAAUUAACACAACAAGUUGAACAAGUUAUUAAUGAAAAAAUUUCAUUUGAAAAUGAACGAAAUGAUUUAGAACGACAAUGUCGUGUAAAAGAUACAAUAACAGCUGAUUUAGAAGCACAAAUUCGUAAUUUAGACCGACAAUUAACAGCAAAUAAUCAUCCAAUUAUUCCUAUAGAAUCAACUGUAUCAAAAAUUGAAUAUGAAAAACUUGAUCAAGAAUUAAAUUCAACACGAAAACGACUUGAUGUUAUUAUGACUGAAAUUAAUGUAAAAGAUGCAUUAAAUAAUAAACUUGAACAAGAUCUUCGUUUAUUAAAAAAAUUUCAUGAUGAACAAUUCGAACAACAUGUUCAAACUUCUUCAUCAGAUGCUGAACAAUUACGUACAGAAAUUCGAACAUUAAAACGUCUUUGUGAAGAAAAAGCAGAUGAAUUUCAUAAAAAAUGUUUGGAAUUACGUACAUGUCAAGAAAAUUUAUCUAUUGAACAUAAUAAAAAUAAUACAUAUGAAUAUGAACAACAACAAUUACGUAAUCUUCUUCAAAUUUCUAAUCAACAAUUAGAAGAAAUUCGUAAUAAUUUAGAAGAAAAAACAUUAAAAAAUGAAGAAUUUGAACAAAUAAUAAAUGAAUUAAAUUCAAAUAAUAAUCUUCUUGAAACAAAACUAAUUGAAACAAUGACAUCAAUUGAUUUACGUAAUAAAACAAUAAUUGAUUAUGAACAACAAAUAGAUAAAAUAAAAAAUGAUUUAUUAAUUAAAACAAAAGAAAUUUUUGAUAAACAAACUCAUAUUAAUCAAUUAGAACAAAAUCUUAUUGAUAAAACAGCUGAAGUUGCACAAUUAAAUGAAACACUUGAAACUGAUCUUGUUAAAAAUCAACAUAGAGAAAAAUUUGCUGAAGAUCAUGCAACAAAAGCAUUAAGUGAUAUUAAAAUUUUACAAAGAGAACUUCGACAUUUAUCUGAAUCAUUAGUUGAACGUGAACGUACAAAUAAAACACUUAAUGAACAAAUUCAACAAUUAACAAAUGAAUUUCGUUUAAAACAUGAUGAAUUUCAACAAAUACAAAAAUCAUUAAAUAAACAAUUAACAAUUAAACAAGAACAAAUUAUACGUUAUGAUCAAAAUCUUCAUGAAACAGAAAUAAAAUGUAAAUAUGCCAAAGAAGAAUGUUUAAUACAAGAAAAAGAAAUUGUUCGUCUUAAUAAUCUUCAAGAUGAACAAACUAAUAAAAUUAAAAUUUUACAACAAGAUUUAAAUAAACUUCAAGAACAGGUAUUUAUCAUUUUAAUUAUUAUCUAA